CGAAACAGUCGGCAGACAGAAGUGGUGAUGAGAUACUGUUGUGUCUGAAGCUACGUGGGAUUUUAUGUUGGAAAUGCGAUAGUGCUUCCUGAUCUAAAAAGUGGAAAACCUGAUUCCCAAAGUCAAGAGCAUCCAUCAGACGUUUAAAAAUCGCCUCACCGAGUUCAUAAUGGUCACGGAAACGAUCAAGGAAGAACCCGUGGGCAACGGCUCGGCGGAAGAAACAUCUAAGAAGGCUGCGAAAAAGGCUGCGAAGGAUGCUGUGAAGGCAGCAAAGAAAGCAGAACAUAAAGCUGCAGCGGCCGCUGGGACUGCCGGUGGAGCGAAUGAUGACGCAGGUGCCGAUGGGGUUGAUCACUCGGCGGGACGAUACGGCCCAAUGAAAAUGAUCCAAAGUGCGGAGAAGUACGUCGAGCGUGUGUUCGUCACUGUGUCUGACCUGUCGCAAUGCGCCAAGGAUUCGGAGGUGUGGGUGCGCGGGCGAGUGCAUACUUCAAGAUGCAAGGGCAAGCAAUGCUUCCUGGUAUUGCGUCAGCAGAGCAGCACCGUCCAGUGUCUGCUAGCGGUGAACGAUGUCGUAUCGAAGCAGAUGGUAAAAUUCUCUGGCAGUAUUCCCAGGGAAAGUAUCAUCGAUAUUAAGGCGAAGGUAAUUCCGGUGGAGCAGCGAAUCGAAUCCUGUACGGAGCAAACGCUCGAGCUGCACGUGCUCGAGCUGUUCCUAUUAUCUGCAGCAAAAGCUCAGCUACCACUGCAGAUUGAGGACGCUUCGCGUUCGGAAAAAUCGGACGACCCAGAGGCGCUCAAGAUUCGCGUCAAUCAAGACACGCGCUUAGACAACCGUGUGCUCGACUUGCGUACGCCAGCGAACCAGGCCAUCUUCCGUCUAGAGGCGGGCGUUUGUAAACUAUUCCGCGACGUACUGACGGCCAAGGGUUUUACCGAAAUCCAUACGCCGAAAAUCAUUUCCGCAGCUAGCGAGGGCGGAGCAAACGUUUUCACGGUUAGCUAUUUCAAAGACUCCGCAUAUUUGGCACAAUCACCCCAGCUGUAUAAACAAAUGGCUAUUGCGGCCGAUUUCGAUAAGGUGUUCACGGUUGGGGCAGUAUUCCGUGCUGAAGACUCCAACACCCAUCGACAUCUGACUGAGUUUGUGGGUCUGGAUCUUGAAAUGGCCUUCAAGUAUCACUAUCACGAGGUACUGGACACGAUUGGAAACACGUUUACGGAAAUGUUUAAAGGAUUGCGUGACUGUUAUGCAAAGGAAAUUGCCGCUGUCGGACAGCAGUAUAACGUGGAACCAUUCAAAUUCCUGGAACCACCACUGAAGCUCGAGUUUGCCCAGGCCGUAGCAAUGUUGCGUGAGGCUGGCGUGCAGAUGGACGACGAGGAGGACCUAUCCACGCCGAGCGAAAAGCUGUUGGGACGUCUGGUGAAGGCAAAGUACGAUACCGAUUUCUACAUCCUCGACAAGUUCCCACUGGCCGUUCGUCCCUUCUACACCAUGCCGGAUCCGAGCAACCCGAAGUACUCCAACUCGUACGACAUGUUUAUGCGGGGCGAGGAAAUUUUAUCCGGCGCGCAACGAAUACACGAUCCGGAGUACCUGAUCGAGCGGGCCAAGCUACACGCUAUCGAUCUAUCGAAAAUUGCCGCAUACAUCGAUGCAUUCCGGUAUGGUUGCCCGCCGCACGCCGGCGGUGGUAUCGGUAUGGAGCGAGUGGUGAUGUUGUAUCUGGGCCUGGAUAACAUCCGCAAGACGUCAAUGUUCCCCCGCGACCCGAAACGAUUGACUCCUUAAACUGUGGCGAUACACGCAUGAUGAAAAUAACGAAACAACAGAGUUUUCUGUGCUAUGGGAGCUUCUAGCAUACGCUACUUAAAAGACUCGCGAGGUUCCACAUCGAACGACUGACGCGACCGAAAAAUAAAGGAGGCACAAUUGAUUUGGGAAUAAAACAUUGAUACACA